UAGCUUAACCUGGAGGCCAUAUUGGUUAUUUGGUGAUCUGAAUCUAAUUUCCUAAGAACCACCUUCAAUUUUUAUUUUUUAAUGAUUCUUUAAUAUUGCACAUGUUUACAUAAUUUGCUCCCUUUUAAAGUGCAUCUGAAAGUCAUGGGGAUGGAACAUUGAUAACAAAGCAACAGAUUGUCACGUGAAAGAUUAAUUCUAACUUCAGCUUCUCAAAAGUCCAGGGUUAAUAGUUGACUUGCGAAUUUAUAGUGUUCAAAUAGUAGCUAGAUCUAGAGAAUAUUCAUGUGUAGUCUCCACAAAUUUCCAGUAAAAGCGUAAUAUUCAAAGUAUCAAGACUAUAAUAAUAAAGACUUCUGAAAUUUUUAAAAGAAAAUGGUUUUAUUAGUCAUUAUGUAGUUGACCAAAUCAAUAACAAACCGACUGAUCUUGAACUACAAAUACGUCCACAAACCCUCGUGUCUACCCAAUUCCCCAUUUCCAAACCCUCCUUUGCUAUAAACAAAAUGACCAGCCAAAAUGCGAUUCUAAAAAACGCUCUCGUUGUUUUCCUCUUCAAUCUAGCAAUUUUGGCCGAGACCGUGUUCUCGCAGAACUGCAUGGAUACUAGUUGCCCUGGCCUUAAGGAAUGUUGCAGCAGAUGGGGUUUCUGUGGCACCAAAGAUGAUUACUGCGGAUUCUUUUGUUUCAGUGGCCCUUGCAAUAUCAAGGGAAAAUCCUACGGAUAUGACUACAACGUUGAUGCUCCACGUGGUAAAAUAGAGACCGUUAUCACACCAGCGUUGUUCGAUAGCAUCAUGAGCAAAGUCGAAAGCAACUGCUCGGCAAAAGGAUUCUACACUUAUGAGGCUUUCAUCACUGCUUUCAAAUCGUUUGGAGCUUACAAAGGAAAGGUGGCUAAACGUGAAAUCGCUGCCAUAUUGGCUCAUUUCUCAUAUGGAUCUAAAAGUUUUUGUGACAAAGAAGAAAUAUCAAACGAGAGGUACUGUUCAAAGAGCAAGAAGUACCCUUGUGAACCGGGGAAAAACUACUUUGGUCGCGGUUUGCUACAAUCAAUCACAUGGAACGAGUAUUAUGGUGCUGCCGGCAAGCACCUCGGGCUACCUCUGUUGAAGGAUCCAGAUCUGGUGGCUCGUAGUCCAGAAGUUGCUUUCAAAUUCGCAAUGUGGUUCUGGAAUAGAAACGUGCGUCCGGCUUUGUACUUAGGAUUUGGAGAAAUCACAAAGAGAGUUGAUGGCCGUGAAUGUGGUAACUGGCGUCGUGAUGAUACGAAGAACAAGGUUAAGCAAUACAUAGAGUUCUGCGAGAUGCUUGGGGUAACUCCUGAUCAAGGUCUAGAUUGUUAAAGUCAUUAAUGUGUGGCAAUACUUUUUAAUUAAUAAUAACUAAUUUGAUGGACCUACGUAUAAUAAUAUAUAUUUGGUUUAAACUCAAAUCCAAUCCAAAAACGUACAAGAUUUUAGUUUGAUAAUUACUUUUCAAAAAUUUGAACUCCAAACCAACGGUAAAAUUCCAUUUGGAAAACCGAAUUAGUUUCCAGUACACCCUGAGAUCUAAAGUUAUCAAUUUAUCACUUUUGGCCAUCACCGCUGACUAGGAAUAAAAAUAUUUUAUCUAACAAGACAUUUUGAUCCUAGAGGCUCCCAAGCACAAAAGCAAGAGUUUUACUAGACAACAAGGUCUCCAUUGUUGACAAACAAAAAGUUGAAUACUCCUGCGACAAAACUCGGAGGAGGCAAGACAUUUACCAUUGUAAUGCCGAACCAUGGCAUCCUCCAUUAGUCCUAGAUGGCAACAGGCUUGCUAAACACGAAAUACAUACUUGAAAAGGAAAAAGGAAAAAAGAAAAAGAAAACAGGUAUGUGUUUGCUCGAGUUAUUAAAAACAGGUGACAUACCUCCAUAUAUUCGGCCCAAUAGUUGAUAAGCUAAUACACAAAAAUAGAAAUUUAACAUUCCCUUUUUCCUUAUUUAAACAAGAAAAGGUUGGGACGUUUGUUUGUGUAUCGGAAGUAAAAGGGAAUAUAGUGUGCCUCAAUUUUAGGGUUUCUGACGACUAUGGAGAAAGAUCAAAGUGAAAUCGAAGUAUGCUCUGGGUUGGGAAGCGAUUCGAUACAAGAGAUGAAAAGGGAAGGGUCGUUAGCUCAUCAAGGAUGCGGAUAUGAUGAGCAAUCAAUGAGGAUGGAACAAAUCAAGUAAACACUAGGGAACUUGUGCCAAACCCGACAAAAAAUCAGUCAACUCAGGAGACAGAUACCAGUGGUGGUGGUGGUAAGAGGAAAAGAUCAGUAGAACAAGAGAAUAGUUCAGAUCUCAACGAGACUGGUAUGUCUUCUUAGCUCCUCUCAAGAGAAUCAUAUUUCUGUUAUGAAUAAUCUAUCUUUAUCUAUGAUAGGCUUGCGAGUAAUGACCGGUAGAUAUACUAAAGUAAAAUUCUCGAUGAUCAGAUGAGGAGGCAAUUGUUUUACCUUUUUCCAAGAAGGCUUCCUGUUGGAAGGAUUUCGAUUUUUGAGUCAAGGGAGGCCUUUCUAAUAACACCACAACGUCCUCACUUUGCUCCAUUAGUUGAGCAAUACGGCACCAGCUUUGCCCGUGAAUUUGGUAGGCAUGAUGAUAGCUUUCUCCCAUGUAUCAGAGAAAAUACUAAAUCUCGACAAGGAAGUUCCUAGACGCCAACUAGAUGAUUACAAACUUGCAUUAUCAGAGUUGGAGAAGUUCGGAUUUGAUGUUAGACAUCUUUCACCACUGCUCGACAAGGCGUUAGAUGAACAAGCAAAUGUAUUGGUGGAACAAGAAGAAAAAGAUUGCUAGAUUAAUGAGAAUCUCUCAAAGAGUCAACGCUGACCAAGAGUUUCAACACCUAACUAUCAUUACGAGGUGCAAAAGCAAGAGAAGCCUCUCCUCUUUGAAAGAACUAUGAUUAAUCUAAGUUAUGUUUUGUCCGUUUGAAACUUAAAAACUAUUGAUGCUCCUUGGUUUUCUUUUAAUGCUUUACUACAAUCAGUUAUUCCUCUUUGUUCUUUGAUUUUUCUUCUCAUCUUAGAAAUUAAUGGUUUAUAAAAAAUUUAUAACUGUAACCGUGGUUAUUAAAAACAGGUGACGACA